GUAGGGUGAGAAGAAAGAGCAAUAGAGAGUUCUGUUCUUUGUUUCUUGCCGCAUAGAGUAAGGAGAGGGAUAGAGAGACAAACAGAUGGCGGGCCUCAAGGCAUUCAUCUUCUUCCCCGUCGCGCUCCUCCUCUUCCUCGCCGGCAACGCUCUCGCAACAGCCGGAGGGGAGAGCGGGAGCCAGCUGCCACUGGGCUGGAUCCCAUUCCUCUCCGGUUGCCGCGGGACCGUCGCGGAGUGCGUCGCCGGCGACGAGUUCGACCUCGGGUCGGAGGUGACCCGCCGCAUCCUCGCUGCGUCACGCUACAUCAGCUACAACGCCCUCCGCCGCGACACCGUCCCCUGCUCCCGCCGCGGCGCCUCCUACUACAACUGCCGCCCUGGCGCCCAGGCCAACCCCUACUCCCGUAGCUGCUCCGCCAUCACCAGGUGCCGGGGUUAAUAGAUGAGCUCUGUAAUCUCCUUUUCCAUGUUCUUUUCUCGGUUUAAUUGAUUGCUGUUGUUGCUGGUGUCAUCUUAUUGAUGUCAUAGACAUUGUUUUUUGUGUGAUUUGUGCUAAAAGAAGAAGAACUAUGUGAUCUUUUUGGCUUUCA